AUGGUCAAGUUGAACACGAUCAAGAACCGGCAUCAUCUCCGCGAGGCAGACGCCCUCAUGCCUGUCUACCGUAAUACAACACGCUGGAGCAGCACGUUCUCCAUGAUCGACCGCUAUUUUCGGAUCUAUUCGAAGUUGGACCGCAUCGACGACCAAUUGGCGGACUUCAUUCCCACCCCGCGAGAGAAUGUCCGGUUGAAGGCUCUAUAUAAAGACCUCAAGAACUUGGAGAGUGUGAACAAGAAGCUACAAACGACGAUGGUGUCUCUGCUUGAUGUGCGUGCUCUGUUUGACCAUGUCAUCAAACAUUACCCUGGUACGGACCUGUAUCUGUCACCUACGGCCUCGUUGGUCAAGUUUCCCGACUUCGAGAACGGUAUCGUUAAGCUUAUGGCUGGCAAAGAGAAUACCCUGACGAGAGGGGAACGAGCAGCUGUAGUAAAGCUCCAACAGACCACCGAUACUGUGGCGACGAAUUUGCAAGAGGAAGGCGGAGAUGGCCAUCAAUCCUUUGCCGAGGUUGCGUUGAGCCAGGGGGAAGUGACUUCAUCUAGAGAGGAGUUGAAGUGGAUCCCACCCACAUCUAACGACGUGGAGAGGCUGUUCUCUCGUGCAGGAAUAGUGUUCUCACGUCUGCACCGAAGCCUCAACCCAAUGACGUUGGAGACGAUACUCUUUUUGCAGUUCAAUAGGAGCUUGUGGGAUGCAAGUGCGGUUGCGGAGGCAAUUAAUCUCAUAAAGAAGAAGAAGACACGACCUCGGGAAGAAGAAAACGCGAACUGA